AAGUGCAAGAGGAUGUUAAAAAAAGGCGCUAUUACCAUUCCGGUAGAAAGAGGAGCCAAGGGUAUAAGAUAUGUUGAAAUCCAAGGAGACGAGUCCAUUACGGGUACAUUAACUAAGGAGGAAACAAGCACAUCUACAGAAAUAGGGGACCUCGACGUUUACAUCAAGAAAGAACCUUACACUUUGGAAAAAUCAGAUACUAAUGAAUGUACAAAUGCUAGAAAAGUAGUUAACAAUAUUGCCGUGGACCUCUGCACGUCUGUUUGUAAAAAUAUGGCUUUAAAGGAAGAGCAAUUAAGCACAUCUGCAGACAUCAAACCAGACCUUCAAAUUCUCAAUGAAGGGAUGAGUUCUUCUGAAAUGGUAAAACAUGAACCUAUCUCAUGCGAAAAUGCGAUUAAAUGCGGAAACUCCAGUAUUUCCAUGGAAGUUGACCUCAGUGCAGUGCAACUCAACAAGUGUGCUGAUGAAAGUAUAAGCGGCAAUGCGCAUGUAAAAAUUGAAAAGCUAAAGAUGGAGAUUGCAACUCUACAACUUACAAAUAUGCAAUUAGAGGAGAAGCUUCGGAAACAGCAGUUGCGGUGUGACAAUCAACUGCGAAAGAAGGAUGCCGAAUGUUUCAAACUGAAAGUUGAACUUGAAAAAGCACAGGACAUCAGUCAAAACAUGGAGGCGCGGCUCCGGGAAAUAUUUACGGAAGGACAAUUCAAAAACUUAAUGCAAGGCGGACGAAGGCAGUGCUGGUCGGCAGAAGAUAUUGCAAAUUCAUAUACCCUUUAUACUGAGAGCCCUAAAGGAUACAGGCUUUUGCAGGAGAAGAAAUUUCCGUUACCUAGUCCGAGGACACUGCGUCAGAGAGCGAAAGACUUGAAGGUUAAGAAGUGAUGAGGUACCUUAAUAGUAAUAAUAGUAUAUAAUGAAUAGCACGUGCUGAAAAGGUUCACCGCAUUUUUAACAUUGGAAAUACAUUUUUAAUAACAUAAUGAAAA